GUCCUGCAGGUUCUUGAUCGCCUGAGAAUGAAAUUGCAGGAGAAGGGUGACUCAUCACAGAAUGAGAAGCUGUCUACUUUUUAUGAGACUCUAAGGAGUCCUCUCUUCAACCAGAUACUCACGCUUCAGCAGUCCAUCAAGCAACUCAAGGAACAACUCACUUAUAUGCCCUCAGGUUGUUCAACCAACUUUGAGUUUUCCCGGAAAGGGUUUUUGGUAUUUACAGAUGGUUCCACUACUAAUGGAAAUGCCCACCAGCCAUCCAGUAACUUGGCUACAUCUGGAUUAUUUCCCUGGGCCCCUACGUCAGGAAAUGAAGAGUUCAACUCAGUUAUUCAACAAAUGGCUCAGGGUCGACAAGUUGAAUUCAUAGAAAUAGAACGACCUUCAACAGGAGGCCUUGGAUUCAGUGUGGUGGCCCUUCGAAGUCAAAAUCUGAGAGAAGUUGAUAUCUUCGUAAAGGAAGUACAGCCAGGGAGUGUAGCCGACAGGGAUCAAAGGUUAAAGGAAAAUGACCAAAUAUUGGCCAUUAAUCACACACCACUGGAUCAGAACAUUUCCCAUCAGCAAGCAAUUGCAUUAUUGCAACAAACUACUGGAUCUUUGUGCUUGGUCGUGGCCAGGGACCCAGUUCAUGCAAAAAGCAAUACUUCUACCAGACUAAAUGAUACAACUCUAUCUGAAACAGCUUGUUGGGGCCAUGUUGAAGAUGUUGAGCUCAUUAAUGAUGGCUCUGGAUUAGGCUUUGGAAUAGUUGGAGGAAAAUCAAGUGGCGUGGUUGUGAGGACUAUAGUUCCUGGAGGAUUAGCAGAUCGAGAUGGAAGACUCCAGACAGGGGACCAUAUCUUGAAGAUUGGCAACACCAAUGUGCAAGGAAUGCCCAGUGAGCAAGUUGCACAAGUACUGAGGAAUUGUGGGAAUUCAGUCAGGAUGCUUGUUGCUAGAGACCCAAUUGGUGAAAUUUCAAUAACCCCUCCAACCCCUAUGGCCUUACCUGUUGCCCUGCCUGUUCAAACCAACAGGAGCCCUUGUUCUGACAGUUCUCUUUUUGAAACUUAUGAUGUUGAACUUAUCAAAAAAGAUGGACAGAGUCUUGGGAUUAGAAUUGUUGGUUAUGUUGGAACCUCUCAUACAGGGGAAGGCUCAGGGAUUUAUGUGAAAAAUAUAAUACCUGGCAGCGCUGCAUCCCACAAUGGCCAAAUUCAAGUGAAUGACAAGAUAGUUGCUGUUGAUGGUAUAAAUAUACAAGGCUUUACCAACCAAGACGUAGUUGAAGUUUUACAAAAUACAGGUCAAGUGGUACACCUAACUCUAGUUCGAAGGAAGGUACCCGUACCCGGUUCUCUACUUGAACAGCCUUCAGACAAAGGAACUGUGGUAGAACCACCAAAACCAUCAGCCUUCGUUCUAACUGGAGCAGUGGAAACAGAAACCAAUUUGGAUGAUGAUGAUGAGGAAAUUGAAGAAAGAUUGGAUAAUCGAAAGAAUGACAGCACACAAGUCAUAGAAAAACUGGAAAGAGCUUCAGACUCUCCAGAAAAUGAGUUGAAAUCCAGAUGGGAAAAAGUAUUGGGCCCUGAUUAUGAAGUAAUGGUUGCCACUUUGGACACUGAGAUUGCAGAUGAUGCUGAGUUACAGAAGUAUUCUAAGCUGCUGCCUAUUCAUACUCUGAGGCUCGGUGUAGAAGUUGAUUCCUUUGAUGGACACCAUUACAUCUCUUCCAUUGUUCCAGGUGGCCUUGUAGCUACACUGAGUCUCCUACAACCAGAGGAUGAGCUUCUUGAGGUGAAUGGUGUGCAGCUCUAUGGGAAAUCCCGCCGCGAAGCAGUGUCCUUUCUUAAAGAAGUGCCACCCCCCUUUACCUUGGUUUGCUGUCGACGAUUGUUUGAUGACGAGGCCUCUGUAGACGAACCUAACACCACCUCGCCCUCUCAUGUUGAGCUGGAGGUAGAACGCAAUAUAGAUGCUAAUACUGAGGAAGAUGAUGAUGGAGAAUUAGCAUUAUGGUCUCCUAAAGUCAAGACUGUUGAACUGGUGAAAGAUGAUAAAGGCUUGGGAUUCAGCAUUUUGGAUUACCAGGAUCCCUUAGAUUCUACAAGAUCGGUAAUUGUGAUUCGUUCUCUGGUGGCGGAUGGUGUAGCAGAACGGGGCGGAGAACUUUUACCUGGCGACCGUUUGAUUUCAGUCAAUGAACACUGUUUAGACAACACCACACUUGCUGAGGCUGUGGAAAUAUUGAAAGGUGUACCGCCAGGCACUGUCCGCCUUGGUAUCUGUAAGCCUUUGGAAGAUGACAAAGAAGAAGAAAGUCAAUAUACUUUAUAUCCAAGUAAUAAUGGAUAUGAGAUGGCCCUUUCAGGAACAAAUCAUGAUGCAGAUUCAUAUUGUAUACUUGAAGCACCUAAGGGAUUUAGAGAUGAACCAUAUUUUAAAGAAGAAUUUGUGGAUGAACCAUGUCUAGAUUUGGGAAAAUCUUUUCAGUCCCAACACAAAGAAAUUGACAACAGCAAGGAAGCCUGGGAAAUGCAAGACCUUCUGCCUUCUAGAAUGCAGGAAAUGGGGGAAGAAAGAGAAAUGCUUGUUGAUGAAGAGUAUGAGCUUUAUCAAAAUCGCUUGCAGUCCAUGGAGCUCUUGUCCACAUCGCAUAGUCAAGAGGCCACUCCCAUUGUUCCCCCGGUCGAGGAUCUUCACUUUGGCACCGAGUGGUUACAUGACAGUGAACCAGCUGAACCUCAAGAAGCUAGAGCUCUGAUGAGUUUAUAUGCCCAAGAGACACAGCAGCGUGGCUAUAGCCCAGAAAACACGAUGAUGGAAACUUUAGGCAUUGAUUUUCCACCCUCUGUAAAAUCUACCAAAGGCAGCAGUCAACAAGGCAGAUUUGAUGAACUGGAAAAUCUGAAUUCAUUAGCUGAAAGCAGUCUGGAUUUAGGUUUGUAUGUGAUGAUUCCAGAAGAUGUUCAAGGACCUACCUUACUUGUUGACCUUCCAGCUGUGACUCAAAGAAGGAAUCAAGAAGAUUUCCCCUUGUACCAACUCCCCAGGACCCGAGUUGUUUCAAAAGUCUUAGCACACACAGGAGUGCUGUCUUCUAGAUAUGCUUCGGAUGCAUGUGAGCUACCUGAGAGAGAAGAAGGUGAAGGAGAAGAAACUCCAAACUUCAGCCAUUGGGGUCCACCAAGAAUUGUUGAGAUUUUUAGAGAACCCGAUGUGUCUCUUGGAAUCAGUAUUGUUGGUGGACAAACUGUUAUAAAACGCCUAAAGAAUGGAGAAGAGCUUAAAGGCAUAUUUAUAAAACAAGUUUUAGAAGACAGUCCAGCAGGAAAAACAAAAGCUCUUAAAACUGGAGAUAAAAUACUUGAGGUAUCUGGAGUAGACUUACAGAAUGCCUCACAUGGAGAAGCAGUAGAGGCCAUUAAGAAUGCAGGAAACCCUGUGGUGUUUGUUGUACAGAGCUUGUCACCUACUCCAAGAGUAAUCCCUGGUGUUCAGACUAAGGUCAGCAAAAUCAUCAGUAAUCAGAAUCAAGACAACCAAGAAAACAAAGGAAAGAGGCGAGGAACUGCUCCCCCUCCAAUGAAACUGCCCCCUCCUUACAAAGGUCCAUCUGAUGGCAGUGAAGAAGAAGAAGAAGAAGAUGCAUUCACUGACAAAAAAAUCAGACAAAGAUAUGCAGACUUGCCUGGAGAAUUGCAUAUUAUUGAACUUGAAAAGGAUAAGAACGGACUUGGACUCAGCCUUGCUGGUAAUAAAGACAGGUCUCGCAUGAGCAUAUUUGUGGUGGGAAUUCACCCAGAAGGACCUGCUGCCACAGAUGGAAGAAUGCGCAUUGGAGAUGAACUGUUAGAGAUAAACAAUCAGAUCCUGUAUGGAAGGAGUCACCAAAAUGCAUCUGCCAUAAUUAAGACUGCCCCGACAAAGGUGAAGUUGGUUUUCAUUAGAAACGAAGAUGCCGUCAAUCAGAUGGCCGUUGUCCCCUUCCCGAUACCAUCACGUUCCCCAACUUCACUUGAGGAUCAGAGUGGCACCGGUCCUGUUAGUAAUAAGGAAGAUGGCAGUCUUCAGGUUUGUAUUAAACAUUUGCCUGAAAAUGAAAGCUCCAAACUAGCUGCUAAUGAGAAAAAACAGCAAAAUUAUUCAGCAGAAGUCUCCGUCAUUUUACGUGACACAUUAUCACCAGCUCCAUCGAAGUAUUCAACAGAUGCAGACCCCACAGCUUACGAUGACUUCCAGGCACCUCUAUCAGUGGAUCCUGCAACGUGCCCAAUUGUCCCUGGCCAGGAAAUGAUUAUAGAAAUAUCCAAGGGACGCUCAGGCCUUGGUCUCAGCAUUGUGGGAGGAAAAGACACCCCGCUGGAUGCUAUAGUUAUUCAUGAGGUCUAUGAAGAAGGAGCAGCAGCCAGAGAUGGAAGACUUUGGGUUGGUGACCAGAUAUUAGAGGUGAACGGAGUUGACCUGAGGAACGCCAGCCACGAGGAGGCCAUCACAGCCCUGAGGCAUACCCCCCAGAAGGUGCGCCUGGUGGUGUACAGAGACGAGGCACACUACAGGGAUGAGGAAAACUUAGACAUUUUUCCUGUGGAUCUGCAGAAGAAGAGCGGCCGAGGACUGGGCCUGAGCAUUGUUGGUAAACGGUAA